GAUCGUGCCGUGUGCUGACGAGCUGACGCUCCCCACAGUAGUCUACAGUCAAUUCACCUUUCGGAUGUGAGCAUCUUCUGUUGAGUUUUCUAAAGCACCAUCUGUAGCCCACUUGUCGUGUUGGUGUAUGUACACAUGUACAGCUUUUGUUGGGGAGAGCUUCCGGUCUCCUUUUUGGCGCUGGCUAUAAAACCCAACAAUCAAUGCUGCUGCUGCGUUUACGCACACGGCAGCCAUAUUUGCGACGUCGGAUCGGCAACAUCAACAUGAAUUGCCGAGAGUACGGUUCAGGAGCCCCUGCCAGGUGCUGCGCCGUGGUGUAUGUGUCAGAAGGGAGAAACAACACGCUGUUGGAUGCUCUGGCCGAGGCGGCAAGGACGACUGCUCCCGGUACCGCUGGCCUGAUCAGGCAAUUCAGAGAUCCCCAGUACCACCGCACGGGCUUCACGAUAGGCGGCGCGUGUCCCGAUGCCGUGGCGAGAGCUUCGGUAGAGGUUAGCCGUCGCGCCGUCCUCGCAAUCGAUCUUCUCGAGCACGAGGCAACUCACCCCCGAAUCGGGGUGGUGGAUCAUGUGUCAGUGCACCCACUGGGGGGGAGAGGCAGCCAGGAGAUUGCUCUGAAGGCAGGCUUGGCCAUUGCGACGGCACUGGGCAAGGAUGUGGGCCUACCCGUCUUGCUGUACGGCGACCUAAAGAACGGCAGACAGUUAGCGGAGGUGCGGAGAUCAACACCCUACUUUGUCGGCGGAGAGCUCCCCGCGACGAUCGAUGCAGACCUUGGGCCAAACGAGGUGGAUGCGUCUCGAGGUAUUGCCACCGUCGGCUGCACCCCGCUGGUGACAAACUACAAUAUCCUCCUGAGCACCGAUGACAAGCGCCUGGCUUCGAAAGUGACUCGAAGCCUGCGAGAGAAAGAUGGCGGAUUGCCGUGGGUGGAAUCACUAACCCUUCAGAGAGAAGACGGUACGUUCGAGGCCGCCUGCAACCUGCUUCGGCCGAAAGAAACAACGACGGCCAACGUGUUAGCUGUGGCUGCAGAACAAGCGGCCGGUGUUGGCAUCCGAGUUGUGGAUCACUACGAGACGGGACUUCAGGAAGAGGAAGCCUUGGCGGCAAUAUCUCGUUUUUCGUCAGAGAGAAAGUGAAAUGUGUGGAUAUUUGCUGAUGACGGGGGAAAGGGUUGAAGGCGGAGGAAAGCAGAAACGAAAGAUUAGUGUUGUAGAUCCCAACGUACUUCCAAUGAAGCUGUUUUUUUGUGGUCUGAUGUUGCAACUGGGGUCCCGUGUGGUGAGGCGAGACUCAGUCAAGGAUGCACUUCCGCGAGUUGUUGUUGCAGAAGAAGAACCUUGUCUUUGCCCCCCCUUGCGUUGAAGGGAGGUACGCCUUCAGCACGUUGGCAUGGGCUCACAAACACCGCACCGGCAGGCGACUACCCAAUCCGCCGCAAAACACAACUCUGCCUUCUGGCGUUGCCAAACUUGUGAUUUUCUUAGCUGGCGGUACCUUGAUGCAAUUCGGGUGGGCAAACAUUUGGCUCAGGGAAGAAGAGUCGCCCGCCGGCCUACGGGCUACUGAACGACCCGAGCGGUACUCUUUGU